AUGGGAGACGUGGAGGGGAACCAGGAAAGAGAGGAGGUGAGCAGUCAGAGCAGGAUCAAGGCUGAUCGUGGAGGUGGGGGCCAAAAUCUAAAGCAGGAACCAAGCAUUUAUCUGGGCUGUCUGACCAAGAAACAGCUGAUAAUCUUAUCAGUGGGUGUUGGACUUGUUAUCCUCCUCAUCAUCGUCAUUGUCCCUGCUGUGAUUCUCACCAGACCAGGGAUCAAGUUGGACUUUAAGUCUCUGGAGUCUGUGGGUUUCUCUCUGGACCUUCUUAAGGAAAAGCAGGGAAGUGGAGGAAUCAACAGGCCUGUGUGGCUCAAUGCAGACAUCCUCCAAGGUCCAAAUGUACCGAGCUUCGUGCCUACGGUCAAUGGAACCAGAUUUCUUCAGCUGAUUCAGGAGAAGUUUCCAGAUGUUACUCUGUCUCCCGGAUGGAUGGGUCCAUUUUCUCAUUCUGGAAACCGGAGCGGAGUUCGGAAGUUUUAUCCUGGAGGAAACUUAAUGGAUUUUCUUCCUCCGGUUCGCAACUCAAACAGCAACUUCCUCACUGAUGUGACCCAAAAUGGCAGCCUGGGAGUGCGCUGGUUUCCAGUUACUGACGAGGUCUCCUUGCUUGCUCGGCUCUCAGAUGAAGAUGGUGGAAUGAUAGUACUUCAUGUUGUUUCGGACAAAAAUCAGCCUGGAGUUCCUGUAAUACGUCAUUCUGGAAGCAGCUUGGAGUCCUUCACACUGAAGAAAGUCCUUGAGCUUCUGGGACAGAGGGCCGAUGCACCCUGGGGUGUUUAUCUUCGGAUUCACAAUCAUCAGCUUCUAGAACGUUCUCUAAAUCUGCUGCAGGCAGCUUAUGGCGCAGAGGAGCUCUAUCGACCCAUCUGGAUCAGCAUGGAGGACGUAGACAGCAGCAAUGCCACAAACGACUUUGUGUCCAGCCUGGAGGAGUUGUUCCCAUACGUCACUGUGGUUUCUGUUGAGCAGAACUGGCCGCCUCUGAUCCCAGCGGCUCUGACAGGCCUGUCCCAAAGGGUUGCUGUACACCUGAUGUCGGCAUCGUUGCUCAAACCACAAGAAAUUCCCUUUCUGGAGCAGGUGGACAAAUAUGACUUUGUAGUGGAGGUGGACCCAGAGGAUGAAGCCCAAACCAUUACGAUUUUGGAAAAGCUCAUGGCCCAACGAGCAGGAAACGCAAAAACAAAUCUUUACAGGAUAAGCAGCCGAUAAAUAAAUUACUAAAUUCUUGAAUAACACAAUCAU